AUGCCAAAACAGGCGAUAUCAAGCAACAAGCCAGUCCUGGAGUGGCUUGAAGGGGUUGAUGACCCUUCCCCUCCUCGCUUCCGGCUUAUGGUGGUAACCGAGGCAGAGAAGAAGGCGUUCGAUUGGCUAAAGCGUAUGAAUGGUGACAAGUCCAAACCUCACGUCCCUCUCGUUCCAGAACUACUCGAUGGCGAUGAUGGCCUCGUCUCCCGCCAACUACACCAAGAGAUUACAAUCCCGUUCGUUUACGAGAUAGUAGUCAACGACCAGGCCUUGGUAUUCGAGUGGGUCAUGUCAUCGACCGAGAACGACAGUGCUGGUGCUGAUGGAUACCUCGAACUGCCCGGCACCACCAGAGAGUUUCCUCCUGGCUGA